CUAAAAAAAGGCAAUGUCAAAAAUAUCAACAAACCGAUAAAAAAUCGAUUUUUUCUGCUUUCGUAUGAAGAUAUCGAACAUUCCUCGUUAUUAAUUAUGCAUAAAUAACUCUUUUAAGUAUGAUACACAUCAUUCACUUUGUACACUGAAUAAUAAAGUUCGAUUCGAUCCAUUACGUGUAUUCUUUUGUAAAAAUGUCUCGUUAUCUGGACCACAUACUGAUAGGCGGCAUUUUAAGUUCGCUUUUUAUUAUAUACAAUUACUCAUUGCACAAAAUUGAGGAAGGCCAUGUUGGCGUUUAUUAUAGGGGAGGGGCUCUUUUGCCAGACCUCAGUAAUCCAGGAUAUCAUAUGUUAUUUCCUUUUUUAACUUCGUUCAAAUCAGUUCAGGUUACACUCCAAACUGACGAAGUCAAAAAUGUUCCAUGUGGAACGAGUGGAGGGGUUAUAAUAUAUUUCGACAGAAUUGAAGUUGUUAAUCAUCUUAAUGCUAAUAGCGUACUGGAUAUCGUUAAGAAUUAUACUGCUGAUUACGAUAAGACCCUGAUUUUCAACAAAGUGCAUCAUGAACUGAAUCAAUUUUGUAGUACCCAUACUCUCCAUGAAGUAUAUAUAGAUCUCUUCGAUCAACUUGAUGAAAACCUGAAACAAGCUCUGCAGAAAGAUUUGUUAGAAAUGGCACCUGGCCUAAGAAUUCAAGCUGUUAGACUCACCAAACCGAAAAUUCCAGAAGUUAUAAGAAAAAAUUACGAAUUAAUGGAGGGAGAAAAAACAAAACUCCUUAUAGCUGUUCAACACCAAAAGGUUGUCGAAAAGGAUGCAGAAACUGAACGAAAGCGAGCUAUAAUCGAAGCUGAAAAAGAAGCUCAAGUUGCCAAAAUACAGCACGAGCAGAAAAUAAUGGAGAAAGAAUCACACCAAAGAAUAUCCCAAAUUGAAGAUGAAAUGCAUCUUGCUAGGCAGAAAAGUCGCACUGAUGCAGAUUUUUAUAGACUUAAACAAGAAGCUGAAGCUAACAAACUGUUAUUCACACCGGAAUAUAUAGAACUGAAGAAAUAUGAAUCUUUGGGCCAAAAUAGCAAGGUCUACUUUGGUAGUGAAAUUCCUCACACUUUUAUACAAACUGAUAGUUCAGCAAGUGUAAUGAAAACAUUGGAUGUGAAAAAGUGAAUUUCUAAAUGUCAUUCUUUGUGAUAUUGCUCAUGUGUUAAAUGUUUGUCAUUGUUAUCCUUCUUUCUACCAAAUAUAUAAAUUUUAAGGUGA